GCUAGGUUCACUUUUGAUAAAGUUAACGGAGAAAUUCGGGUGCUGCGUUUCCUACCAAGUUUGACGUUCAGUUCAGAACUUGAGAUAUAAACCUCUGAUGUCAGUUAUGUUAGUUCGGCUGGCAUUUCAUGCGUAUUAGGAAGGGCCCCCCGGUAAUUUCACACCUCCGAUGAUGCGGAGGGAAAAUUCUGAAGAAAGAUUUUGACAGAAAGCAGAGAAAGAAAAGAAAAGGGUUUAGCUUCUGUAGGAAUGGAUAGCAGAAGCGGUGGAGAAGAAGAAGGGUUUAGAUUAGAGAAUCCGUUUACUUUGAAGGUGGGUCAAGUGUUCACCGGUUUUGGAAUCGGAUGUGGAGUAGGAAUCGGCGUUGGUCGCCCUUUAAAUCUAGCUGCAAUACCAAUGUUGAAUCAAGUGAUGAGUGCAACCAGAGGUGCAACUGAUGCAUUCUCGGGUGUUACCAGGCAUGUUAAUACCUCUUUGAAGAAGUUGGGAGCUAAGAAUAUUGAAGUCGGUGUUGGAUGUGGAGUUGGUUUUGGCCAUGGUUUUGGAGCUGGCGUUGCUGUGAAACCAGGGGUGUUGAAUCAAAUUCAAUCUUGUGUUAUGGUAGCAAUGACAAAGAUGAUGAUGAAGCUUGGAAUUGUUCCCAAUUUACCCUUCAAUCCGGGUGCAUUUUCAGCGUCCUUUCAAAGUGGUAUAAACAUGGUCAAUAAAAACCAAAUUUCACCACCAAGCAUGAUGCAGCUGGCAGGUAAACCAGCAGAUCAAGUUACUCAGGGUCUUGCAGGGUCCCAAUCUAUGCAAAUUGGGUCGGCUUUUGAAAGUACUAACAUUAAAGGAAAUGCAAUUGACCCCAAAGUUGGCAGCCGAACCGAGAAGGUUAUUAGCAACUUUCUGCAAAAUCCAUUGCUAAAUGGGGAGGAAGGAGGACUUGAUGAAUCGGGGGCUGGACGCCUGCGGUCGGAGAACAAUGUACUUCAGAUGGUCUUGAAACACCAAAGAAUCAUUGAAGAACUUGUGGAGGAAAAUGAGAAGCUUCGACAGAUACUAGUGGAGGACCUGAAAGUACCACCAAGCAAACUUGAAGCAAAUUCUGCAGAUUGUAACAUACCCAAGUCCAAAGGAGAAAACAAUAAGAGAAAAAAGGGAGAGAACCAAAAGUAAAAUAAAAUGGUCCACGCUUACCAAAUGUAGGAACUGGUUCGUGUAUUACUAUACUCAAUAACAAGUCUUAUUACGACGUGGUAUGCAAUAUCUAUGAUGCCUAAUUAGUAAUGGACAUCUACCUUAUCUUUUCUUUUUAAUUGUGUAUGUGAUGUGGAACAUUCCAUCAAUAAUUGUAGAAAAUUAAUUUUUAUAGUGCUGAUCGUUGAUCCCUUUUGUAAGUAACUAAUAAUGAAAGGCAAAAGGAGAAAAUGCUAGUGCUUGAUAAGUUUGCACUCACAUUGGUACACAUAA